CCCUACUUUGACACGUGUCCCUUACAGUGUCGGCGUGGCUCAACGAACUGGAACUGAUACGACGGAUAAGAUACAUCAACGCGCCAUAACCAAAACUCGAGUUCGGAUAAAGCCCGGAUCUUUCUAACUCCAAAGAAGGGUUUCAUUCCUCAAAUCUUUUUCAGAGCUUUAGAUUUGGCAUGAUCUCUCUUUGUUGAAUCAAGCUUUCUGACUGGAAAAUUUUGGGUAGUGAGGUUCUGAAAUAAUGGAGGUGAAAGAGAGUGAAAGAGUGGUAAUAGCAAAACCAGUGGCUUCAAGGCCUUCCUGCUCUAGCUUCAGGACAUUCACUGAGCUUCUGACUGAUUCAGUUACCGUAUCUCCUCAAUCGAAUUGCCACGAUACUGUAGACGCUGCUAUAAGACCAAAGACUCUGAGGUUUAAACAGCCAGCAGCUCCGGUCUCAUCUCCGCGGGUGAUUCAACGAGUUGCUGAUGGCAAUGGCAUUGGCAAGUCUUGUGAUGAUUCAGAUAGCAAAAACUACGUCGUUUAUAAACCGAAAGCAAAGCUAGUCUCCAAAGCAACCGUCUCUGUAUUGGCUAAUAUGCUUCAGGGGAAUCCUCAACAGACUUGGAGACAAACCGAAGCAGCAGCAUAUGGGAAGAGUGUGAGCCAAGGUACGCAUCGAGCAGGUACUAAUCUUGUCCAAAAAGUUCCAUCCUUUACGGAAUCAGAGACAUCGAUCGGGGACAGAUCUUCCGUGGAUGGAUACAACUGGAGGAAAUACGGACAGAAGCAAGUUAAAGGAAGCGAGUGUCCAAGGAGUUACUACAAAUGCACGCACCCUAAAUGUCCGGUGAAGAAGAAAGUAGAGAGAUCAAUGGAAGGUCAAGUUUCAGAGAUUGUGUAUCAAGGUGAGCAUAACCACUUAAAACCGUCUUGUCCUCUUCCACGUCGCGCUUCGUCAUCAUCCUCUUCAGGGCUUCAGAAACCACCAAAAGGGCUUGUUUCGGAAGGAUCAAUGGGACAAGACACUAAUAGUGUCUAUCAUCAAUCUCUUUGGAGCAGUCAAAGCAGUGACUCUUCCCAAAACAGAACAGAGAAGAUGAAUGAGGGUUGUGUUGUAACUCCGUUCGAGUUUGCUGUUCCUAGAUCGGCUAAUUCAACUGGUGGUACUUCGGAUUCCGGUUGCAGAAGUAGCCAGUGUGAUGAAGGAAGCAUUGGAGGAGAGCUUGAUGAUCCAAGCAGAAGCAAAAGAAGCAGGAAGAACGAGAAGCAAUCAAGUGAAGCAGGAGUAUCACAGGGUUCAGUGGAGUCAGACAGUCUUGAAGAUGGAUUCAGGUGGAGAAAGUAUGGACAGAAAGUGGUUGGAGGCAAUGCUUAUCCGAGAAGUUAUUACAGAUGCACGAGCGCGAAUUGCAGAGCAAGGAAACACGUUGAAAGAGCGAGUGAUGAUCCAAGAGCUUUCAUUACAACCUACGAAGGUAAACACAAUCACCAUUUGCUCUUGAGACCUCCUACUUCGUCUACCAAUCUUCCCUUUAACUCCACUCAGCAUUCUAAGCAACCGAUUUGAUGCUUCUUACUCAAUCUUCAUAGCACAUUAAUUAAUCGUUUUCUUGUUUUGCACUGUGAAUUUGUUUAUUUUACAUCAAAAUUGUAAGGACAAGAAGACAGUUGUUAUUUAACAAACAAAGAAACAACAACAAGAAAAAAGCAAA